GGCAGGUGAGUUGUAGAGUGAAACCUAGAGCAGACAGGUGAGCAGGGACAACGAGUUAGCCUGCACCGCGGGAGAAUACGUAUUCUUAACCAGCUCGGCAACGAGUUUUGGUUGACAGUAAACAAGAAAAUGAUGGAAAUUGAUGAUAUUGUGGCCAACAAUGUCCUACUGAAAGCCAGAGAAGCAGGGCUUGGGAAAAGGAAAGGAAAGAGUCGGAAAUGGAAGCAGAUGCUCAGAUUUCCUCAUAUCAGUCAGUGCGAAGACAUUCGGGGGACGAUUGAGAAGGACUACCGCAGCCUUUGUGAGGUGCAGCCGAUCGGGCGUGCGCUUUUUCAGCAGUUCUGUAAUUCCACGCCUGACUUGGCACCGUGCAUCAAUUUCCUGAAUGCGGUGGCUGAAUACGAGGUCAGUCCAGAUGGAAAGAGGAAGGAGGAUGCGCAGAAGCUCAUUAACAAGUACUUAAACCCACAGUCAGAAGGACACAUUCCACAGAUACCUGCGGGGGUUUUCAGGAAGUGUUCAGAAAAACUGCACCAAGGGUAUUGCACAGAGCUCUUCGAGGAGUGCGAGAAAUUGAUCCACGGCUUCCUGAGCAGACGCCCCUUUGCCGACUACCUCGAAAGCAUGUACUUCGACCGAUUCCUGCAGUGGAAAUGGCUGGAGAUGCAACCAGUAUCAAAAAGUAAUUUCCGCCAGUACAGGAUGCUUGGAAAGGGAGGCUUUGGAGAAGUAUGUGCGUGCCAGGUACGAGCCACAGGGAAGAUGUAUGCAUGUAAGAUGUUGGAGAAGAAGAGAAUCAAAAAGAGGAAAGGCGAAGCCUUGGCGCUGAAUGAGAAGCAGAUUUUAGAAAAAGUGAACAGUAGAUUUGUGGUAAGUUUGGCGUACGCUUAUGAAACAAAAGAUGCUCUGUGCCUCGUUCUGACGUUGAUGAAUGGAGGUGACCUCAAGUUCCACCUCUACCACAUGGGUGAGCAUGGGUUCGAUGAGCAAAGAGCAGUCUUCUAUGCUGCAGAGCUCUGCUGUGGAUUGGAGGACCUUCACAGGCAGAGAAUAGUCUACAGAGACCUAAAGCCUGAGAAUAUUUUAUUGGAUGAUUAUGGUCACAUUCGAAUAUCUGACUUGGGACUGGCAAUCCAUGUACCCGAGGGACAGACCAUUAAAGGCAGGGUGGGCACUCUGGGCUACAUGGCCCCUGAGGUGGUGAACCACAAGCACUACACCUUCAGCCCAGACUGGUGGUCCUUAGGUUGUUUGAUAUAUGAGAUGAUUGAGGGCUGCUCACCCUUCACCCAGGGCAAAAAGAAGCUUAUUCGGGAGGAGGUAGAGGGGCAGGUUACAAAUGGAAAGGAGAAGUACUCCAGCAAGUUCUCAGAAGACUCAAAGUCCGUGUGCCAGAUGUUGCUGGUCAAAGACCCCAAUAAACGACUGGGUUGCCAGGGGGGUGGCGCAUUGGAAGUGAAAGCCCAUCCUCUGUUCCGACUGAUCAGCUUUAAGCGGUUGGAAGCGGGCAUGUUGAAGACACCCUUUGUUCCUGAUCCCAUGGCUGUUUAUUGCAAGAGUGUUCUUGACAUCGAGGAGUUCUCUACCGUUAGGGGUGUGGAGCUGGAAGCUAAAGAUAGCUUGUUCUACAGAGAAUUCUGUACAGGCAGUGUGUCCAUCCCUUGGCAGAAUGAGAUGAUAGAGACUGACUGCUUCCAUGAGCUCAACGUCUUCAACCUGGAUCACACCAUGACCUCAACCUUGGAGGAGAGAAGUCCACCAACCCCCCAACCAAAACUAGGGUUAAUGCAGACACUAUGUUGCGCUCUGGGCUGCUGUGGGAACUGUAGCAACAGCAGGGAGGAGCUCAUUGGAGAGCGACGCAACUGAAGCACACCAAAGCCUUGAUAAUUAAGGAAGUUUAUAUAUUUGCAAAACUCGCAGGAUGUGCCUGGUAUAGCUCCUUCAGGAGCCAGCCAGAGGGCAUUCUUAAGAGAUGCCUGAAUC